GUUGAUGUUCUAAAUGUUGAUUCUCUGUGCAGAAAACAUAAUUUGUUUGGAAAAAUGUUUUUCUUUGUUGGAUUUAAUUUAUAUAUGUAAAACUUUUUUGUUUUACAAUUUUAUGUAUUCAUCUAAUCAAAUCAUGCCACGUAAAUAUUUGUGGAGAUAUUUUAAGAAUUACUCUUAAAAUUGACAACAUAUGCACGUGUAAAAGAAAUUUACAACAUUGGCGAUGUUGUAAAAAUGUUGGCUUUUAAUACCCUUUUUAAAGUUCUUUUAAAGGAUUCAGAAAUUUGCAGUAUUUGCUCAAGGUUUAGGCUUUUUAAUCAUUUUUACAUGAAAAAAAUGGUUGCUUGUGUUUGAUGAAAAUCUACUCCUUUGUGUUAUGUGUGGAUUUCAUUCAUGUCCUGCUAUGACCCUGCUAGUGCUGUAGGUCUUUACUUUUGAUUCUAUCAUGGCUGGAGAUACAGCAUGGAUCAGCCACUAUGAUGUUGAAACAAGAAAGGAGACAAAGGACAUCGAUUCGUUAGCGGAACCAGGCGAUGAAGUUGACAAAGAAGGGCCUGUUAUUUCCCUGGAUGUAAUGCCUGACGAGUUAUUGGAGCGUACGCUAGCCUAUCUCCCGGUUCCUAGCGUUUUCAGAGCAAGCAGUGUGUGUAAAAGAUGGUAUGAAAUUGUUACUUCUGAAAGGUUUCUAUGGAACCCUUCCAAUUCACCACCACAGAAGCCUUGGUACUUUAUGUUUACUAGCUCUGAUGAACCAACUGGUUGUGCUUAUGAUCCGAAUCUUCGGAAAUGGUAUUGCAUUGAACUUCCCUUCAUUGGAACUUCUAAUUGGUUGGUUUCUUCUUCGAAUGGCUUAGUUUGCUUCAUGGACAAUGACAGCAGAAGCGAAUUAUGUGUGUGCAAUCCUAUGACCAAAACCUGCAGGAAGCUUCAGGAGCCUCCAGGGUCCAGAUUUUCUGAUUACGGCGCAUUAGCAAUGUCGGUCUACAGGGAAUCCCACGGUUAUACUGUGGCAAUUGUGAAAUCAAAACAAGUUCCUGAGAACUUUGUCCAGUGGGAUAUUUCGAUUCAUAUUUACAAAUCUGAGGAGGAGACCUGGGCGACGCCGCUAACUGAGGUUUUGGUGGGGUGGAGAGGUGGAGAUGAGAGUGUUAUCUGCAAUGGUGUGCUGUAUUUUCUAGUUUACUCUACUGGAGUUGUUCCACCGGAAAAUCGACAUGCAGUAGUUGCGUAUAAUAUCUCCGGCCGAUCUUCUCAAACUAGCUUGAGAAGGAGCUUUAUUCCGGUGCCCUGUUCUCUAACAUGUGGCCGUCUAAUGAAUAUGAAGGAGAAACUUGUAAUGGUGGGAGGUAUUGGCAAAUCUGAUCGAACGGACAUAAUCAAAGGAAUUGGUAUCUGGGUUCUUCAUGAUAAGAAGUGGGAAGAGGUUGUCCGAAUGCCACACAAAUACUUCCAAGGCUUUGGAGAGUUUGAUGAGGUUUUUGCUAGCAGUGGCAUAGAUGAUCUAAUAUAUAUUCAAAGUUAUGGAUCUCCCGCACUUCUCACAUUUGACAUGAACAUUAAACACUGGAAAUGGUCACAGAAAUGCCCGGUGUCAAAGAGGUUUCCUCUACAGCUUUUUUCUGGUUUUUGCUUUGAGCCUAGGCUUAAAAUUGCUCCAUAGUUUGUGAUUCAUAGAAAUCAACCUUAUUGACCAUUGUGCCAAGUUUUUUGGCUAUUUACUCCAUUGUUCUUAAAUUGAAAUUUUAUAUGAUUUCUGUGUUUCAUGUUUUAACAGAUUAUACAAAGUGUACUUGCCGAUAAAUUAUGGUUAUUCAUGGAUUCUGGAAUAUUAUUAUAACAUUUGAAAAUACAACAGAGCUAUAUUUUAUUUACA